AUGGUCCUGUUCAAAGUAAAAUUCACUUUCCAAAAGCGUGUGCAGUUGGCACAAUCCCUAUGGAUGCUGUGCUGGUUCUCGGUGUUUACUGGAGUCCUAACUUUCGCAUUGGGACUUUAUCUCAAAUGCGAACUCAAGAGACGGAGUGAGGUGAUGGACAACACUGACAUCCACCUUGUUCCCAACACCCUAAUCUUGGUGGGGCUCAUCUCCAUGCUCAUCAAUUUCAGUGCGGUCAAAAUGUGCAAUGACUCACUGGAUCUGACCAAGUUCCCCCGAUGGAAGGGUUACGUGGAACCCUUCCUGAUCUUCUCCUUCCUCUUCACCUUUCUCAUGCUGUUUGCUUCGCUCUUGAGCUAUUUCAUGAGAGGAAAUCUGGACGCUUCACUGAAGAUUGGCCUGAAAAAUGGAAUCCGUUUUUAUAAGGACACAGACACCCCAGGCAGAUGCUACCAGAAGAGGACAAUAGACCACAUCCAGAUGGAGUUCCAGUGCUGUGGGAACAACAACUACAGGGACUGGUUUGGGGUGCAGUGGAUCAGUAAUCGAUUCCUAGACUUCAACAACAAGGAAGUGAGGGAUCAUAUUAAGAGCAACGUGGAUGGCAGGUACCUGAUUGAUGGUGUCCCCUUCAGUUGCUGCAACCCUAACUCCCCUCGGCCCUGCAUCCAGCGUCAAAUCACCAACAACUCUGCUCACUUCAACUAUGAGUACCAGACAGAGGAGCUGAACAUAUGGCUGACAGGAUGUCGAGAGGCUCUGCUCAGCUACUAUACCGGGAUGAUGGCAACCAUUGGAACAAGCGUGCUGCUCUGCUAUGUCAUGCAGCUUGGUGUGUUGACUGGACUGCGCUACCUCAGCAUAGCGACAGAAGCUGUCGUGGAGCAGGAGAAUCCCGAGUGUGACUCUGAAGGCUACCUGCUGGAGAAGGGGCCGAUGGAGACAGUGUAUGCUAUUGCCGAAGCAGUGAAGGCCAAGUUCAGCUUUAAUCAGGUCCAGACAGAACCAGCAGCAACCGAGGUGACAACAACAGAGGGGGACAAAACGGAUAAAUAGCCAUUUUCCAACCAGGAGAAGUGCCAGCCUGGGUAACAGGAGUCACCCCAGAGGUGACUAUUGGACGUAGCUAACGUUUAAUGUUGAAUCUCCUUUAUUUGAUUUCAUGCAAUGAAAUAUUGCAAUCUUCUGCCAGAUUGCCCUGCUUCCUGCUCGGGGGAGCUGAGUGACCCUUAACCUAGCGGCUGUCUACCCAGCCUCAGCUCCUCUGCCUCAUGCCAAUGCAUAGGGGCCCUCACUUCACCAACACAAAAUCCUCCCUCAAGUUGGCUUUUAUCAACAUUAAACUCAACUUGUGCCCUGAGUGUUAGCACCUGACCUUUCACCCCCAGAACCCAGAUUCACAUUGACACUUGACAAGUAACACCUAGGGUUCCCAACUCUAGAUCGAUGCAUUUCUUGAGGCUUUCUUAAUAAGACCUCCUACCUCAGCCACUAAAACACCCUCCAUCCCCAACUCCAAUAUCUGUAUAAAUAAUAAACAGAAUUGUUCAAAGAAA